GGCGCCCCGGCGGGAAGCUGCCGAGCAUUGUGGGAGGGGCCGCGGGUGUCAUGGCGGCCGCCGUGGCGAUGGCGGCCCUGUGCCGGCGCUUCACGGGCGCGCUCAGGGUGUCAGGAGCGCUGCAGGCCUCGCCGGCCGCCUGCCUGCCCGGGUUAAUGCUGAACCUGUUCCAAAAGAACCUAGCAAGAGUUGAGCCCCUCCAUCAUUUGAAGCUUCUGCACACUACUUUGUCUCAGAGAGGUCUGGAGGAGUUUUUUGAUGAUCCCGAAAACUGGGGAGAAAAAACAGUAAAGUCCGGAGAUGCAUGGAAUAUAAAACAGCUAAGGGGGAAGAGUAGUGAAGAUUUGCACAAACUUUGGUAUGUCCUACUGAAGGAAAGAAACAUGCUUUUAACUUUAGAACAAGAAUCAAAGCGACAGCACAGGCCAAUGCCAAGUCCAGAACGAUUAGAAAAGGUAGAAAAAUCUAUGAAAAGAAUAGAUUUGGUUGUCAGAGAAAGAGAAGAUGCUUUGAGGCUUUUACAAACUGGCCAAGAAAAACCAGUACCUGGCGAGUGGAGACAGGACUUCUUAGGACGCACCUACUGGUAUACUUAUAAGGAGUGGCCAAUACCAUGGUACUUGAACAGAAAAUACAAAAAAAGGAAAUUCUUUUACUUACCUCAUGUAAAUCACUUCAUCAGGCUCAGACUUGAAAAAAACUUACGUAGAAGGGCAAGAAGGCAAAAUCUAGAGAAGAAGAAGCAGAUUCUUUUAGAAAAGAAGUUUCCUCACCUUGCUGUGAAGUCUCAGAGCCAGUAAGCUGCUGGCAGAGCACAGCAGCCACUUGUUUUACUGUGACUCAAAGGUGAAAAUAAAGUUCUGAAACCAGUGAACAAGUUGACUGAGCUUUCCUGAGAGUAUCCAUCUUUUUAUUAUCUCAUGAAGUUUGACCAAAAUUAAAUUGUGAUCUGGAAUUAAAGAGCAGUUUUGGAACAUGCAUCAAAAAUUGAUCCUAACAGUUGCUUCUAAAAGUAUUUGAAAAUUGACAAAUUAAAAAAUGAAAGUGAAGCAUAAUUAACAGUAAAAGGCAACAGUUGCCUGCCAAAUGAAAGUAUAAAACAUAGGGAUAUUUACCCCAUUUAGUUUGAACAACUGUGCAUUAAAACUAGACAGAAAACAAGAUGCACAUCUAAAGGUCACAGACUAUAUACUGUUUCCAGGUCUAUCAGCUAUAGGCAUGUCACUUAAGUUAUGCUUUCUAAAUGCACAGGGCAAUAUGCUAUAGUAAAUGAACUUCAGCAUGUUACAAGAACUCUUGCCCUACUUUGGCUUGUUAGAAAGUAUCAAGUAUUUGGCAUGUGAGCUUUUAACAAGGGAGUCUAUAUACCUAGAUUUCUAGAUACCUAUGACAAAUUCAGACAUUUGUACAAUGUUCUUCACUGCGUACAAGUGUUUGUAGUAAUUUCACAGAAGCUUAUCAGUCUUAAGGUAGAAAAGUAAAAACUCUUACUGAGCACUAUAUGAUUUGAUGGUAAAUAUUCUUCACAAAAGCUUUUACCUUCAAAUGGAAUUUAGAAUAAAGUCUCCUUUUAAACAAAUACUAGUCUUUCAGGUAGCAAAAGUGCUGUGCAAUGUAAUCUGAUAAAACAGUGGAAACUCAAAGGGAAUCAUAUAACUGCACCUACCCUUCAGAUAUUCCUUUGCAGCACACCCACUUCAUAAACAGCAAAUACUCUCUUUAGAGAGGUAAGAAAAAACCUAUCACAUAUUUUGCUCUAGCUAUGCUGCUAGAGCAUUCAUGGAUUUUAUUAUCAUACUGUAAUUCUUUUAAGAAGAUACAUACAGAAGAUAAAAGCUAUAGACAUAAUGAACCCUAUGCCUGACACAGAAGGAAAAAUUAAAAUGCAUAAUUGAUUCAGGAAGAGAAGCUCCCCUAAAAGCCUUCUUUACCUCCUCUCAUUUAGCUACAAAUUGUUAAAUUAAUCUUAGUAUUUCACUGAUGCCAGAAUAACUUAAUGAAACAUUACACACUUCUGAUGUAUUCCUUCAGUUGGCUGGUAAAACUUAAGAUAAAAGCGUCAUUGACUUUCCACUAGCCCAGCUUUCUUUUAUGUUCUGCUUGAAUGCAAACUAGACUAAGCCUUCUUCUAUUAUGAUGACUAUAGUUGGUGAUUGUGUCACUAGUAGUAGCCCACUUCAGUUUGCCUCAUUUUACGAAAAAUGUGUUUUGGCAGCAGCUUUGGAAGCCUGGAGCAAACAACUUUGAAUCAAGAACAAAGUAAUGGUCAUCACGGUAUCACAAAAGCAGACUGUUUCGAUAAAUUAUUUUAUUGUUUAGAGGUAAUGCAUAACUAUUUUCAAGGAAAGAGUCCACCAUUAUUAACCAAGGAGUCUUUUAGGGUACCCAGAACUUAGCAGUACUGUUUACAUUUUAACAGUUAUAUGCUAUUUGGUUUUCCAAAGCUUUUAAGAUAGAUAACUUAAAACUUAGGUUUUGAGCAAAAACUUAAUUGUGUCCCAACACAGAACAUCACACAGUUGUAAAAUAAAGUAAGAUUAACAGCAACAUAAAGCUGGAUCCUGACAGCCAGUUCCUGCUGAAGAAAACCCUCCUACUUCCUCUGCCCCUGAGUGCACACUCCCUUUGCAACAUACAGGCACUUACUACCCUGCUACGAGCCAGUUGAGGGAGCUAAACCAGCAAGAAACAAGUAGGAACUGCCCCUUUCAGUUAACAGCUAGCUGCAAAAUGUCAAGCCACAUCCUGAGGUCUUCUAUGACUGUUCUCCUGGCUUUGGAGAGGCAAUUUGCUGCCUCAACUUCCCUGUCUCUGAAGUGAUGCUUCUCACCUACGUUACAAAGGCAUUCAGCAUAUUAUAUACAUUCUUACAAAUCAGGUGGAAAGUAUUAACUGUUUACCAAAAUGAAAUUGCUCCAUAACAGAACAAUUAAACCAGUGUAUAAUAUAACAUUCUCUAACUGGAAUGUAACAUUUUCAUUAGAGUUUACACUGAACUGAGUCACCCAUAGCAGAUUAGAAAACACAGAAAUACUUUCCAUUUUUAAAACAAAUAACUGUUUCUCUGCAAGUACUCACAAAACUGCUCAAAUGUGAAAGCCAGUUUUAUUUAAGAGGGAAAUAAGAGCAAUUUAAGGCCAAAGUAUCAGCAAGGAAGACUAAUAUGUGAAAGUAGGCAAGAGAUUUUUAAUAAAUCUGAUGCACAGGCAUUUGCAAGGUUAUGCCUCUAUCUAUUAGCUAACCUGUAAAGCUGUUCACAGGAAAAGAUAUUAGAGAAAAUAGACAUUUAUACAAAAUUAUAAAAAUGCUUGUUAUAUGAAUUAUUGCUUUACAAGGGAUGUAAACAUCCUUUUUCUAUGAUAGUACCAAUUAGGUCUCUCAAAAUUUCUAGUUAGUUAAAAAUGGAACUUCAAUUAUGCAAAAAACCCAAUAUAAAAUUUCUACAAAAGAGUCCAUCCCAUUCCUGAGUAUGCUAAAGCUAUAAAACAGAAGGAGUGAUGGGGAGACAGCAGUUUUCACAGUAAAAAGUUUAAGGGCAUUUUCUUUCUACACACUGUUUCCCUCCUUCUUCAUAUUCUUGUUUAGAAAUCCACAUCUGUUGAAAAGUACCC